UUAUCAGUCUCCAUUCCGCUCGCGUGUUAUUAUUUUUUCAUAAUGCAAUUUCCAAUUUCUACCAUUUUCCGCUACUUCCAAAUUCAUACAUAAGUCAAUUUCUUCAUACAUAUUAUUUUCACUUUUUUUUUUCCUUUUCGUCUCCCCCAAUUAUUUUUUUGACGGAAGCUAUGUCGGAUGCUUUGAUCUGUGGCAUCGCCGGUGCCGGAGCCGGCAUCAUUGCUCAACUCAUCACCUAUCCUCUUGACACAGUAAAUACUCGGCAGCGAACAGAUAGAAAUUCGAAGAAGAUGAAGAAAACGCUUGGAACUAUUGAACAAAUGUGCCAGGUUGUAAAGCAGGAAGGGUGGGAUAGGCUAUAUGGUGGUUUAGCUCCGUCGCUAGUUGGUACCGCUGCAUCGCAGGGUGUUUAUUAUUAUUUCUACCAAAUAUUGAGGAAUAGAGCAGAAACAGAUGCACUUGUACGUAAGAAGAAUGGAAUUGGUGAUGGAUCAGUCGGGAUGUUCUCAUCACUUCUGGUGGCUGCUUUAUCUGGGUGUGUUAAUGUACUGCUGACCAAUCCCAUAUGGGUAGUUGUUACACGCAUGCAGACUCAUUCAAGAAAGGAUAAAGAUAACCACCCAAAACUUGAAGUAUCACAUGAUGAAAUCUCUGUUGUGGUUGAACCUCCUCCCUAUGGGACAAGCCACACAAUUCAAGAAGUCUAUGGUGAAGAUGGAAUUUCAGGUUUCUGGAAUGGUGUUUUCCCAACAUUAUUCAUGGUAAGCAAUCCUUCCAUACAAUUUAUGCUAUAUGAAACCUUGCUGAAGAAGAUUAGAAAACGACGUGCCUCUAGCAACAAAGGUGUCAAUGAUGUCACUGCUUUGGAGAUAUUUCUACUUGGAGCUGUGGCAAAACUUGGAGCUACAGUAGUAACAUAUCCUCUUCUGGUUAUCAAGUCAAGACUCCAGGCAAAGCAGGAUAUUGAUGCAGAUAAAAGACAUCAAUAUAAAGGUACACUUGAUGCUCUGAUGAAGAUUAUACGCUAUGAAGGCUUUCAUGGAUUUUUCAAGGGGAUGGGCACGAAAAUCGUACAAAGUGUUCUUGCUGCUGCUAUUCUUUUCAUGGUCAAGGAGGAACUCGUCAGGUGUGCUAGAUGGUUAUUAACAGGGAGGACUGCUGCUAAUGCUAUCAGAUGAAAGCCUCAUUUAGAAGUCAGAUUUCUUCCAUUUAUGUCUUAAGCACAAGAUAUACCUUCAGAAUUAGGAUGGAUCACUAAGUAUAGUUUUCAUUUGAUAGUGGUGGUGCGGUGUCCAAACCAGCUUGCAGACUCUUGUUCAACUAGAUAUCUGCUACCUUCUCCAGUACGAAUACCCGGUAGUAAUUGGGCACAACUUCCAUUGA